UUCGGUAAGUGGAAUUGAUUAGGACACGAGGAGUGAAGUCCUUUAGACAACCAAAAAAAAAAUUUCCCACUCCUUUCCAUCGAUCCAAACAGGCACUGAACAAAUUUUCACACAGAUGAGAAAAUAGAAAUGACUCCGUCCCACGCGCAAAUCUCCAGUCCUCCAUUUCGCAGCGUUCUCUCUCUCUAUACCUUUGAACGAGGGUCCAACACGCCCUAAGACUGCUCUCUCUCUCUAUAAUCUCUUUGAACGCUAGGUUUAUAAAUCUGCGAUGCGAAACUGCUACGAUUCCAUUCUGUUCUUCGAACGAAUUCGACGAAUUGCAGUUCUAUUCCAUUUGGACAUUCCCACUGUUUAAUUUGUAGAGCCUUCGAGAUGAGCGCCGAUCGUCGGAGCGCCAGUCAUAUCUUAUGCGACGCCGGCGCCGGUGCUGCUGCAGGUGCUAUAGCUGCCACUGUUGUGUGCCCGUUGGAUGUGAUCAAGACACGACUGCAGGUUCAUGGCCUGCCGGAAGUGUCUCCUUCUGGUCAGAGAGGUAGUAUCAUUGUUACAAGCUUACAGAACAUAAUACGAAAUGAGGGUUUGAAGGGAAUGUACCGUGGCCUUUCACCAACAUUAGUGGCACUACUUCCAAAUUGGGCAGUAUACUUCACGGUCUAUGGACAUCUUAAAUGCCUACUUCGUUCUCACGUGGACAGCAGUGGUCAACUUACAUUUGGUGCAAAUAUGAUAGCUGCUUCAGGCGCUGGGGCAGCCACGGCCAUUGCUACAAAUCCAUUGUGGGUUGUUAAGACCAGACUUCAAACACAGGGCAUGAGGCCAGGUGUGGUUCCUUACAAUAGCGUUCUUUCUGCAUUGAGAAGGAUUGUUCACGAAGAAGGAGUGCGGGGUUUGUACAGUGGUCUUUUGCCUUCAUUAGCUGGGAUAAGUCAUGUUGCCAUCCAAUUCCCAACAUAUGAAAAGCUAAAGUCAUACUUAGCAAAAAUGGAUAAUACAACCCCCAGUGAGCUGAGUCCUGGGAAACUUGCAAUUGCUUCUUCAAUAUCUAAAAUAGUUGCCUCUGUAAUGACUUACCCACAUGAGGUUGUGCGUUCCAGACUGCAGGAGCAAGGUCAAUUCAGGAAUUCUGGGGUUCAGUAUGCAGGUGUUGUUGAUUGCAUUAAGAAGGUGUUCCAAAAGGAAGGUCUUCCUGGUUUCUACCGUGGCUGUGCAACUAAUUUAUUGAGAACAACUCCAUCUGCUGUCAUUACAUUUACCAGCUACGAGAUGAUACAUCGGAAUUUGCUGCGGGUUUUACAUCCAGAUGAGAAGCAUCCACAGGCUGCCCACCCUAAAUCUGAUGGCCGUAUCAAGCCUCAACAGAAAAAGGAAGGCACUGGAGAAAAUAAUGGCUCCAUUUCACAGCAAUCAGAAAUCCCAUCCAAUAAGGGAACUCCUUUAAUUCCUCUGAGAAACAAGGAUCAGCUAACUGCUGGACACUAACUGACAGCAUUUUCUUUUUCAUAUUUAUGAGGAUGAGAAAAUUUUUCACCAAGUAGAAACUCUGGAAUUUCACAUCAAUAAAAUUAGGCACAAUUUUUUAAGCUAUUCAGUUUAGUCUGUAUCUUUUGUUGUAUUUCUGUUCUCUUUUUAUUUUAUUUUAUUUUAUUUUUCAAUUUUUUUACCUUUGGAUUGGAAAAGUCCAAAUGAAUUCAUCUUUUUGGUAUAUUAAAUAGAGCAUUCAGUUUAUGACUCAAGUAUUUAUUUA